AUGGUGUCCAACGGUACCAACGGUCAGCACGCCAAAAGCAAACUCUCAACCUCGCGUCACGCUGCCACCACCGACACUGCCCUCCUGGCCGAAAAGAACUUCUCCGCCCUAAACUACCAAUCGCUCCCCAUCGUAUUUGCCCGCGCCCAGGGAGUCUCCGUUUGGGAUCCUGAGGGCCGUCAUUAUCUUGACUUCCACUCCGCUUCUACCGCCCUCAACCAUGGUCAUUGUCACCCGAAGCUCGUUGCUGCGCUUUGCGAACAGGCUUCACGACUGACGCUCACCUCCCGCGCCUUUCACAACGAUUUGUACCCUCAAUUUGCCGAGAUGGUGACCAAAACCUUUGGCUACGAUAGGGUACUACCUUCGAGCACUGGCGCAGAGGCUGCCGAGACUUCAAUCAAGAUCGCUCGAAAGUGGGGUUAUAAGGUCAAGGGUAUUCCCGAGAACCAAGCUAUUGUUCUCGGUGCGGCAGGCAACCACCAUGGACGAACAUUGGCCACGAUUUCUUUGGCUUCUGAUGCACAGUCGCGUGAGAAUUAUGGUCCAUUGGUUCCUAACAUUAGCUGCUCUAUUCCCGGAACCGACAAGCUUAUCACGUAUAACGAUAAGGCUGCACUACGGGAGGCUUUUGAGGCAGCGGGGUUCAACCUAGCUGCCUUCGUGAUUGAGCCAAUCCAAGGAGAUGCGGGCGUUAUUGUGGCCGAUGACAAUUAUCUCCAAGAGGCGAGAGCCCUGUGCGACAAGCAUAAUGUUCUGUUAGUUUGCGACGAAAUCCAGACAGGUAUUGCGCGAACCGGAAAGCUGCUCGGUCACUACUGGAGUGGAAUCAGGCCCGACAUGGUCCUACUGGGUAAGACCAUGACCGGUGGUAUGUAUCCUGUCUCGUGUGUUCUGGGCGAUAAUGAUGUGAUCCUCACCAUUGAGCCCGGAACCCAUGGGUCGACCUACGGCGGUAACCCGCUCGGGGCAGCAGUCGCCAUGCGUGCUCUUGAAGUUGUUGAGGAGGAAAACUUGGUCGAACGUGCCGAAAAUCUUGGUCAUGUCCUCCGUAACGGUCUGAAGGCUAUCCAGACCCAGAGCCCCAUCAUUCAAACAGUGCGCGGCAGGGGUCUGCUCAACGCAUUCGUCAUCGACGAGUCCAAGACCAAUGGGCAUUCUGGCAUAGAACUGUGCGAGCUGAUGAAAAUGAAGGGCCUUUUGCUCAAAUCCAGCCGUACAGGCGUCAUCCGUAUCGCCCCUCCCCUCGUCGUUACCGAAGACGAACUCGAGCGGGCGCUCGGAAUUAUUAAGGAGUCCAUCGAAGAACUUCCCAACCUCUCCAGCGCCGUGUAG